CCAGUAUGUAUCACUUUCUCCUUUUCAGCUAUAUUACAAAAUUUUAAAACAUAGUAACCAUCAUCAUGAUAAAGUACAUGGGGUAGUUCAACAAAACCCUAUACCUUCUUGACAUACUCUAGCAUUUGCACUUCGUAUGGGUUAUCUCCAAUUUUAUAGCCAAUUAAUGUUGUUUCCCAUUCUUUGAUUUGUAGGCAAAUAUCCUCUUUCUCAAUUAUCAUAGUAAGAACACCCUCCUUAAGCAUAGAGGGAAUAAAAUUCAAGGUCUUACCAUUGUUGUGGUUGCCUCUAUCAGAAUCUCCACUGGAGUAUCAGUUGCUGAGCUUCACUAGUAGGAGAGGGAUUAUUGAAAAGACAGACAGAGCGACGCUAAAACGGCAAUAUCGUGAAAAUGAAUAAACCUCCGAACCCCAAAACUGUAAACGGCGAAGAAGAUAAUGGAAGAAGAAUGGAAGAGCAAGAUAGAAAGGAGCAAGAAGAAGCACUUAUCGCUCUCAUUGAACAUCGUACGAAGGAAGUUGAACAUCUUCGACAACGCCUCACCUAUUACAAAUCUCAGUACCAUGAAGCAGAAAAUAGGCUAGAGGAGACACAGCUGAAAUUAGCUCGUCUUCGGGGCCGAGAGAACAUAGCAGCAUCCACAAGCUCCCGUGGGAACGGGGAAAAUCCAAUGACAUCCAAAAGAAGAUCCACAAGUCCCAUUCAGAUAAACGAGGGCCCUUUUCAUAGCUUGUCUGAAUCUAAACGACAUCGUAUCCAAGACAGCAAUCAACCGCUUAGGAAAUCUCCAGUGCCAGAUAGGAAAAUGGCAAGCCCUUUCCAGAAAAAUGAUAAUAGUUCUCGCAGUGUGCCCCAGGGGAAACCAUUGCUUGUCAUUCCCGAUGUGAAACCGAGAGUAUCUCAACCUUUGAAGAUUAUAGAAUCUGGUCCUAAAAUCUCAAGUGCUUCUGAUUCUCAGGUCGGUGGAUCAGGGUUUCCUCAUGUUACUAGUAUGACAAAGUUAAAAGCAGAUAAAAGUCACAGAACGCCGGAGAAGGAAGCUUCGGAACUUCAGCCUAAAGGAACAAAAAGGAAGUUUGAGCAGAAAGAGCAUAGAGAGCUGAUACCAUUGAUAGGUAGUUACUCUUCAGCGAGCAUGGUACGCUGCCAGACGUCCUGUGUCAUAUCUAGUCAACACAAGAGAAAGCUGAGAACAAUUAUUUCGUGUCCUACAAAUGAUCAACUUUUUGCAAGCAGUGCGUUGGACGGGCUUGUCAACUUAUGGCAGGUACAUGGCAGAGGGUCAACUGCUAAUCUUCUUAGUUCCACUGAUUGCUUAUCGUCCAAGCAUAGGAGAUGGCCAGAAGAUUUAGCCUGGCAUCCGGAAGGCCAUAGUCUCUUUUGUGCUUAUAGUGCUGAUGGUGGGGAUUCUCAAAUUUCAAUCUUGAAUCUUAACAAAGGAAAAGAGAUGCGUGUAAGUUUCUUGGAGGAUAAGCCUCAUGUUAAAGGGGUAAUCAACAAUAUGAUCUUCAUGCCAUGGGAAGAUAUCCUGUUUGUUACUGGUGGUAGUGAUCAUGCAGUUAUCAUGUGGAGCAAUAAAGAUGGAGAAAAUUCAUGGAAACCUAAAGCAUUGCAUAGAAGUUUGCAUUCUUCUGCAGUGAUGGGAGUUGCCGGUUUACAGCAUAAGAAAGUUGUGAUGUCCGCUGGAGCUGACAAGCGGAUCAUUGGAUUUGAUUUGCUAGCUCAAAGAGCAGAAUACAAGCAUCAAAUAGAAAAUAAAUGCAUGAGUGUUUUACCUAAUCCAUGCGACUUCAAUCUCUUUAUGGUUCAGACAGGGACUAUAGAGAGGCAGCUUCGCUUAUUUGAUUAUAGAUUGAGGCAGACAGAGGUUCAGGCCUUUGGGUGGAAGCAAGAAAGUAGUGACUCACAGUCAGCUCUCAUAAACCAGGCUUGGUCACCUGAUGGCUUGUACAUAACAUCUGGGUCGGUUGAUCCAGUCAUCCACAUUUUUGACAUAAGGUACAACUCACACAAACCUUCUCAGUCCAUUAAAGCCCAUCAAAAGCGAGUCUUCAAAGCUAUUUGGCAUCAUGCGGUCCCGCUCCUCAUUUCUAUAUCUUCUGAUUUGAACAUUGGGUUGCACAAAAUCGUUUGAGUUGCUGAGAGAGGUAUUACUAUCUCAGUCAUUUUCACCAUAUGUCUGCGGAAUUUUGUUUCCUAGAAGCAUAUGUCUUGAUGCCUUGCACCAAAAGAAACUCAUGGCCCUGGUAUAUGGUACUGAAAGAUAAUUAUGAAAGGAAAGCAGAAUGGAAAUGCUGUUGAGUAUCAGCUUUGCGCUUGGCAUAAUUCUGUGUCUUGGCAGCUGAAACAGUUUUCGAGUUUGAUUGGAUCUUGAGGCGAUCGAAGCCAUUUAGAAUCCAGUCAAUGUAAAGGUUAUCUAUGAUGAAAGCUUGGAGAUCUUCAACUCUCUUAGCUCAUAGGAAUGUCUUUAAUGAACUCCAAUUUUGAACUGAUCAAAAUCUGUAUGAUGUUAGCAAUGGAUUAGAAACAGUGGCUUUCACAUAGCUACCGUUCUUUCCUUGGCCUACACAUCACAUUUGUCCUAAUAUUCCGUAAGAGUCCUGUUUUAAGAAUCCAUUAUCGCAAUCAUAAACUGUUCUUUCUUCAGUUGCUUCUGAAUUGAGGGAGGUUUUGGUAGUCAAUUCUGCUGUCAGGGCUUGAUGGAAACUGCUCCCAGUUUUUUUUUUGUUCAGUACAAAAGAGAGCUAAAUAAAGACUUAUUUUGUGCUACUCAUCAGUUUUCAUUUGCAAAAGUUUUGGAACCUGUAACAUUAGUAGCUUACAGAGAGAUUUUUUAA